AUGAUUGCAGUUAGGGCGACCAAUGCGGACAAGGCCUCCGAAAGUGCUUAUCUGCAAUUUCGAACCAUGGUGCCUGGAAGUCCUGGUUACGUAGAACUCAUGCAACUUGGAGAAGCCCAUCUCUUAGCUUCCCACAAAGAAGAGAAAUUCGUGACCCGGGCGUGCGAGAUGGGUUUUUCUUUACCGGUGCCAAUCCAAACAUUCUAUUUGAAUACUCUGGGAAAGUGGCAUCGUUGCAUCAAUAUUCGAGCCCUUGCUGAGCACAUCUUGGUCAAAUACCCUCACAAACUUCUAGCUGGACAUUCCUGUGCAGACAAGACUUCAUUUUAUCACGUCAUGGAAGAAUUUUGGAGGGCCUUUCGCCUCUACAAUGCGAACCACCCUGUAUUCGCAGAUUUUGCAAACAAUUUGCGGCAUUGCAUACCGAUGAAAAUACACAUCGAUGAGGGCACAGGAUUGAGGAGGGCUGCUGUCAAUCAGUUUUCUUGGGGGCCACUGCUGAGCAGCUCUCCAAACUCAUUGGAUCGAUAUUUUUUCUGGUCUUGCAUGAAUGGAGAGGAGUACAAGAAUGCCAACGCUGGGUACGAACGUGGAAAUGCAAUUCUGGAUGAGGUGAGCGAACGUCUGGCUGCACAAGCUCAAAGUGUUUAUCUUGAAGGGGUGAGCUGUCCGGGCAUUGGCAAGCUGCAUUUUGUUUGGGUUGCUUUGGAAGGUGAUCUACCUGCCCAAGCCCGAGCACUUCAUUGCAAGAGAAACUUCAAUUGCAUGCCAGACCAGCUCUGCCCAUGGUGUCAUGCUGAUGACUUGCAAGUUCCUUUCACGGAUUUCCGCCCGGUGGCAGCAUGGCGCAGAACUGUUGGUGCUUCGAGGCCUUGGACUACAGAGAGCCCCAUGCUUGGUAUUGCAGGGGCUGGCCAUGAAGUGUUCUUGGCGAAAGACCUCUUCCACCUUUGCCAUCUGGGUGCUGUGCGUGGUUUCGCUGUCAAUGUUCUGUGCUACCUCGCUACGAUGGCACACUUUGAAGGGAACAACAUCCCUGACAAAUUAUCUUCGGCCUACGGCGAGUUCAAACGUUUCUGCACAAGCAAAGGUGCGACACCGAUGGUGAAACAUUUCACCAAGGACAACUUGGGUUGGAGCUCCCUGAACUCCUACCCCCAAUGCUCUUUCAAGGGGUCGGACACUCGCUUGAUUCUUGGCUUCGUUCUGCAGAUCAUGCUCAAUCCCCGUGUGGCCCUUGAUGACAUCGCCUCAGAGGCGUUGUUGGCUGCCUCAGCCAUGGAUGAUUUUUUACGAUUGAUCUUUGGCUUGAAAGACAAUACUGGAUGCAAGCAAGCUCUUUUGAGCCGUCAAGAAGGUUCCCGAGCUUUGGUCCUACUGAAGACUUGGAUCGAAAAAAUUUAUUAG